UCACACGCGACGGUUUCGUCCACGUGAGGAGUUGCGGCUGAGUUUGUUUCUAAAAAGGUGAGAUUUGAGCUAAAAUUUACCGGAUCUUUUCUUCAGGUGAUGAGUGACGUCAUUUACGGUGAUUUACCGGAACUCGUUUAACCGGAAACAGCUGAUCUCGGAUCUGCGAGGAGCUUCUAGCUGAGCUCAGAGUCCUGAUUCCCCAGAAAUAUCCUGAACAGAUGGAGAGGAGAGAGGAGAUGAAGGAGGCACACUUGGAAGGAGACAGGACAGGUAAGGAUGAGGAAGAGGAGCAGACAGGUGGCGGUGAUGAAGAUGAGGAGCAGACAGGUGGCGGUGAUGAAGAUGCUGCUGGGAUGAAGAGGAAGAGUGCAGACAGGAAGUGUGUUCCAGGUGUCCUCUACCUGGGUCACAUCCCUCCCAGGCUCCGCCCCAAACACCUGAGGAACCUGCUGUCAGUUUAUGGAGAGAUCGGACGGAUAUUCCUGCAGCCAGAAGACAGCCAGGUGAGGAGGAGCAAGAAGAAGGCGGGGCUGAGCAGGUGUGACUUCACUGAAGGGUGGGUGGAGUUCCGAGACAAACGAGUAGCAAAGCGAGUAGCGGCGUCCCUCCACAACACGCCCAUGGGAACCAAGAAACGCCAGCGCUUCUCCUCAGACCUGUGGUGCAUCAAGUACCUGCACAGGUUCCAGUGGACUCACCUGAGCGAGCAGCUGGCCUACGAGCAGACGGUGCUGCAGCAGAGGCUCCGCACCGAAGUGUCCCAGGCCAAGAAAGAAACCAACUUCUACCUGAACAACGUGGAGAAGAGCGCUCACCUGGACAAGCUGAAGAAGAAGCGGCAGAGGGACGGGGAACAGGUGGAGGAGAAGACGUGGGACUUCACCCAGCGGCAAACGGAGGAGGAGAUCCAGAAGAGGAGGAAGAAGAAGAAGAAGGAGGAGGACUUGGUUACCCAGAAGCACCUGGACAAGGCCCGCCUCAUCCAGCAGAAGAGCCAAUCAAACGCCUCACUGCUGGCCAAGAUCUUCAACUCCAGCCAAUCAGAGCGGCAGCAGGGAGGCACCUGAUUGGCUGUUUACUGUUUUCAGAGACACUUUAUGAUAAACUGAUGCUGACACACCUCAGCAGCCAACCACAGGCCAGCUACAGCUGAGGGGGCGGAGCCAAGGCCUCCAGGAUGUUUAAUAAAGAAACAUUCUGUGAACAUCUGCAGCUGAACUGUAGUUCCACUUCUAGCUCUGGUUCCUGAAGUCUUUCAUCCAGCAGAUCUCCAUCGUUCCUCAGAGGUUCCUGGAGUCUGAACUGUUCUCAGUUUGGACUUUUAACCGUUUAAAUGUUUUAACAUUCAACUUUAUUUAGCUUUUCUUCCUUGAUGUAUUUUAUCUGGAAUAUAAUAAAGUUCAAUCUAUCUUGAAA